AUGAAAGCAGGUGAUCGUUGUUCAGUGUGGCUUAGAUAUGAACAAUCUUCUGGUGACAUUUUCGGAGAAGCAAAAAAUCGAACUCAAAUCGGAGAGAAGCAUCAAGCAAGUAUUCCGGACAUAGUUUCGAAAGAAACAAUAAAUAAUGAGGAGAGCAAAUUCAUAGGUACCGAAGAAAAUGAGGUCCAGCUUCCUGCAGUCCCUAUACUUGAUAGUGAUGCAUUUAUACUUGGUUUAUAUAUAUUUGGCAAGAACUUUCAUCUUGUGAAGAAAUUUAUGGGUAGCAAGGCAAUGCAAGAUGUGUUAUUCUAUUACUAUGGACCAUUUUACGGAACCAAGGAACACAUAGAUUGGUCAGGCUCUUGGAAAAACGGAAAGCGAAAGAAGAUACCUGGAACGGAGAUUUUCACCGGUUGGAGGGCACAGGAGCUUUUCGCUCGCAUAUUUCUCCAUGUCAAUGAUGAUUGCAAAACUCGUCUGACACGGGCUACCCGAAUGUUCCACACUAAAGAAAUUACAUUUGAAACAUAUGUAUUCAAUGUAGUGGAUAUGGUGGGCAUCAAGUUGCUUGUACAAGCCAUUGCCAUUGGAAAAGGAAAGGAUGACCUUACUACCAAGGCCAAGAAGCCAGUGGAAAACAAGCAGCCUGAACCGCCAUUCUCUUGGCUUAAAACAAAACAAGUUAUCCAUCUUUUGAAAUAUGGUAUUGGACUUAGUAAAGAGAAAUUAAGUGACCUAUUUGAGGAAGCUGUCUGGCCUCGUCUUUUAGCACGAGGAUGGAAAUCUGAGAAGCGAAGAAACUUUGAUUACAACAACUCGAAGAAUUCUUUGGUGUUUCUUGCACCUGGAACCGGAAAGUUUAGUCCCAGGAGCCAGACAAAAGGAACUCAUUAUUUUGAGACUUUGGUUGAUGUUUUGAAUAAGGUGGCUUUCGAGCCACAACUUAUUGAGCAUGAUCCCAACCAGGACAUGUUGGUGAAACCAGGUGCAAAAGAUUCAGUUCAGUUUAUGAUUGUGGAUUCAAGUUUAGAGUUUCUAGAGAAUCAAGUUUUUAAAAUGAGAAGUCUGCCAGACUCUAAAUUUGCUGAUGAAGAAGGUUCAUCUUGUGAAAUUCAAAAUCCGAACGCAAUUCAAACCAGUUUAGCCGCUGAAGACAGCGGCAAAUCCAGAAUUUUAAACCAAGAUGGUGGUGCUUAUACAGAUCAACAGUUUGGUUUGGAUAGUGAAAGUCUAAGUGCCCGAAACUGUGCUAGUGGAUCCAACUACCAAAACAAGAGGAAAAGAGGUGGGAAAGAAGGGGACUCUUCGGAUAUUCUUGCUGAAAAUGCUCUUGUUGAAUCCAAAGAGCAGAGAUGGAGUCACAUAUAG